AUGCACAAGGUGUCUCAUCUGAAAAGAAACCUGAGCCCCAGGGAGGCGGCGCGGAGCGACCCUGGCAGAGCUGGCGCGAACGGGGCGAGAGGUCGCUGGGCAGCGCUCGAGGACAGAGGGAGCUUGGCCACAGAAGACCCCAGCGAUCUGAUCCUGGGAUCCCGGCUCCAAGCUCUCCUCGCAUUUUACAGAUUUCACCCCCGCGACUAUCUCCCCAAAACGGAGCCUUUAUAUCAAGAGAAGGUGCGGGAGCUGGGCCAACCAGGACUUUCCCGGGCACCCAAGAUGCGCUCCAUUAGGAAGAGGUGGACGAUCUGCACAAUAAGUCUGCUCCUGAUCUUUUAUAAGACAAAAGAAAUAGCAAGAACUGAGGAGCACCAGGAGACGCAACUCAUCGGAGAUGGUGAAUUGUCUUUGAGUCGGUCACUUGUCAAUAGCUCUGAUAAAAUCAUUCGAAAGGCUGGCUCUUCAAUCUUCCAGCACAAUGUAGAAGGUUGGAAAAUCAAUUCCUCUUUGGUCCUAGAGAUAAGGAAGAACAUACUUCGUUUCUUAGAUGCAGAACGAGAUGUCUCAGUGGUCAAGAGCAGUUUUAAGCCUGGUGAUGUCAUACACUAUGUGCUUGACAGGCGCCGGACACUAAAUAUUUCUCAUGAUCUACAUAGCCUCCUACCUGAAGUGUCACCAAUGAAGAAUCGCAGGUUUAAAACCUGUGCAGUUGUUGGAAAUUCUGGCAUUCUGCUAGACAGUGAAUGUGGAAAGGAGAUUGACAGUCACAAUUUUGUAAUAAGGUGUAAUCUAGCUCCUGUGGUGGAGUUUGCUGCAGAUGUGGGAACUAAAUCAGAUUUUAUUACCAUGAAUCCAUCAGUUGUACAAAGAGCAUUUGGAGGCUUUCGAAAUGAGAGUGACAGAGAAAAAUUUGUGCAUAGACUUUCCAUGCUGAAUGACAGUGUCCUUUGGAUUCCUGCUUUCAUGGUCAAAGGAGGAGAGAAGCACGUGGAGUGGGUUAAUGCAUUAAUCCUUAAGAAUAAACUGAAAGUGCGAACUGCCUAUCCAUCACUGAGACUUAUUCAUGCUGUCAGAGGUUACUGGCUGACCAACAAAGUUCCUAUCAAAAGACCCAGCACAGGUCUCCUCAUGUAUACACUUGCCACAAGAUUCUGUGAUGAAAUUCACCUGUAUGGAUUCUGGCCAUUCCCUAAGGAUUUAAAUGGAAAAGCAGUCAAAUAUCAUUAUUAUGAUGACUUAAAAUAUAGGUACUUUUCCAAUGCAAGCCCUCACAGAAUGCCAUUAGAAUUCAAAACAUUAAAUGUGCUACAUAAUAGAGGAGCUCUAAAACUGACAACAGGAAAGUGUGUAAAGCAAUAAAGCACAUUUUGAAACAAACAAUAUGCACUUCUUUUCUGAAGAUGCUUCCGAAGAUUUGAAAAUAGGAUCCAAAACACGGCUGGGUUUCAGCAUCCACCAAUGAACUGAAAGGUGAAUAAAGGACGUUCAUGAGAAAUCGACUACCAGCUGAUGAAAUACCUGCAAAGUGCUCUAAAAACUAAAUAUUUUGACUUCAAGGGUCCUAGUAAGUGCCACUUCCACUAAGAAUACAGUUUGAAUGUAUAAUCAGUAGUGUUUACAAGAUCCAACAGUGCACUCAUCAUUAGUUAACAAAGCAAAUGUGUUCGUCACUGUCAGGCUGCCCACAGCAACACCAAGCACGUUAGAAGAGGAACCCCAGGAACACAACUCAGACCUUGGGAAAUUAAACCAUCCUUGUCAGCAGAAGCCAAGAUGGAAGCAGUUUGAGCAAUGAAAUCCGUAAGAUUAAACAACUCAAGUAAAUGCCUUCAGUCAGGACUCUGAGUCUGAUCAUGAAUUUUAUGUUUUAAUUUAUGUUUUUGUUUGUCUUCUGGAAUCUCUUUUGGUUUGGAUAUUGGGAUGCUUAGAAAUCCUUUCUGAGAUACAUAUGAAUGAGGAAAUAAACUUUAAGUAAUUAUUUUUAAAGUUCUUAUACUUUUUAAAAGCUAUCACACAAAGACUU